AUAACUUUACUUCCAGAUCUUUACCUCCUUCGCUAUGGUGCAUUAUAAGUUGAGUUGCCGGCUUACAGCGUUUAUUUAACUAACCUACAAAUGUUAUAUCUGUGGCAAAGACAGAGGAAUGAUUAAUAAUGACCCAGCAAGGUGAAGUUACCGCACAAAGUCAGUCUUCCAACAACAACAGAUACAUCCUCCCUGUGAAAAUGCCUCAAUCUGAAAAUUCGUCGAGUUUAAUUGGACAAACAGAAAUGAUGGUCACGACAUCUGAUGCUGAUACUUUUAAACACUUCACAUGUGGCGCUGGUUCUUCCUUAAUCAACGUUAUCAUUACUUUUCCUGUCAAUAAGCUCAUGUUUCGCCAACAGUUGUACGGGUUUCGAACUCCCAAAGCACUUGGCCAACUAUGGAGAGAAGGGUUUGUGAAUCUGUAUAGAGGUUUGUUGCCACCUCUGGUACAGAAGUCUUCUUCUACUGCAAUCAUGUUUGGACUUUACAACCACUUUCAUCAUGUAUUAGUGAACGAUUUUAACUUUAGUUUGUUUAAUGCAACAUUGGUGGCAUCUAUGUGUGCUGGUACUUGCGAGGCUACUUUGGUUCCAUUUGAAAGAAUACAGACUCUACUUUUGGAUCCAAAGCACCAUAAUACAUUCAGGAAUUCAUACCAUGCAUUCUCAUCACUAUAUGUCAACUAUUCAAUGAAGGAAUACUUCAGGGGAACUACAGCUGUCUUGUAUCGCAACGGACCCUCAAGUGUUAUUUUCUUCACAUUACGACACCCCAUAAAAAAUCGGUUACCAGACGCUGACAAGAGUUCAGUCCAAAACUCCAUCAAUGACUUUAUAAGUGGAGCUAUGAUCGGGGCAAUGUGUAGCACCAUAUUUUACCCAGUGAACGUUGUAAAAGCGAGAAUGCAGUCAAAGUUAGGUGGAGAUUUUCCCUCCUUUUAUUCAACCUUAAAAAUAGUCUUCAGCGAGAGGAAUUACAAAGUAAGAAAGUUGUACCGAGGCAUGCAUAUUAAUUUUGGCCGGUCUUUGCUCUCAUGGGGAAUAAUUAACGCAGCCUAUGAGUUUUUAAUGGAAGUUUUUUACAAAUCAAAAUGAAGUCCGAUAAAUUUUCGAAAUAGGAAAUUGUUCGAUUUUUCUUAUAUGUCUUUCAUAGAUAUGUAUGUACUAUGUAUCACUGUUCUGUUUACAGCAGUGUGAACGUUUGACUGUUGUUAUAUUAGGAAAGUAUAUAGUUACGUUAAAAAGACUACGUACCUAUGUUAGUUGUGUUCCGUAUAUAAAUGUAUUCGUUGUAAUUUAUUUAAUUUUAUAUCAAAGCAACUGGUAUAGCAAGGUGUUAAAAGGCUUUUUAUUUAAGCAUUAUGCAAUUAAAACAUAAAUAAAAACACUCUUAUUAUGUUUGUGCAUAUGAGCUAAAUAUAAAUUGUGGCGUAAUGUAUUAUGUUUUGUCAACAGCAAAUCUUUAUUCUCAAUGUUUAUAACAAUAAUGAAGACACUGUUUUUUGUUCAAAAAUGUGUUUUCGUUACAAAGUCCACUUUUUAUAUUGAUUUAUCUAUUGCAUAAUGUUGCAAGCAUUGCUUGAGUUAUUUGUGUUAUUCAUUUUUAAUUUCAUAACUAUAAAGAUCAUGCUGUGACAGUUGAACUUUUUCGACAG